UUGUGGUAGUCAUCCGAUGCCACUUGUGUUUGAAAAAAAGGAAAAAAUAAAAGAAAAAGAAAAAAAAAAGAAAUCUUUCAAUUUGUUGAUACUCCCUGAAAAAAUCAACCCUCUGCAUCCCCCCGCACGCCCAUCCAUCCAAAAUCCAAUCAAUCUAAUCCACCACACCAGUUUGGCUUCCAAAAUUCCGUCUUGGAUGAUUAAUCACUAAACCCUGUUGUUAAUUACUACUGAUAGAUGAACAAUUUAGUAAAACCCCUUGAUUAUUUAUUAAAUAUCAUCGAUAAGCUGAGAUCAUCAUCAUCAUUAUUAUCAUCUGGACCGCCCACAUGGCCGUAUUUAGUGGCGGGAGUGUUUGUAUUCAUCAGCUUGACCCUUUCAAUAUACUUGUUGUUCGAGCAUCUCUCUGCUUACAAGAAUCCAGAGGAACAAAAGUUUUUGUUUGGAAUCAUAAUCAUGGCACCUUGUUAUGCUGUUGAAUCUUUUGUGUCACUCUUGAAUCCAUCAAUUAGUGUUGAUAUUGGGAUUCUGCGAGAUUGCUAUGAAGCUUUUGCGAUGUAUUGCUUUGGGAGAUAUCUUGUUGCAUGCUUGGGGGGUGAAAACAGGACAAUUGAGUUCCUAGAGAGGGAAGGACGUGGAGGACCAAAAGCCCCGUUACUAGAGCAAAGUCAUGAAAGUGGUAUCGUGAAGCAUAUAUUUCCAAUGAAUCUCUUCUUAAAACCAUGGCGGUUGGGUCAGAGGGUUUACCUAAUCAUCAAAAUAGGAAUUGUACAGUAUAUGAUUAUCAAGGCUGUGACAGCUGUUCUAGCAGUCAUUCUUGAAGCAUUUGAUGUAUAUUGUGAAGGAGACUUCAAAUGGGGUUGUGGGUACUCUUACCUGGCUGUUGUUUUAAAUUUUAGUCAGUCAUGGGCACUCUAUUGCUUAGUUAUGUUUUAUGAAAUUACUGCAGAGGAGCUAGCUCAUAUACACCCUCUGGCCAAGUUUCUAACAUUUAAGUCGAUAGUAUUUUUGACCUGGUGGCAAGGUGUGCUUAUUGCUCUUUUUUAUUCAUUCGGGUUAGUCAGAAGUCCAAUAGCUCAGACGUUACAGUUCAAAUCUAGUAUCCAGGAUUUCAUUAUCUGCAUUGAGAUGGGCAUUGCUUCUGUGGUUCACCUAUAUGUGUUUCCCUCAAAACCAUAUGAGCUAAUGGGUGACCUUUUCAAGGGAAAUGUCGCAGUUCUUGGAGACUAUGCAUCUACUGACUGUCCUGUAGACCCUGAUGAGGUUAGGGAUAGUGAACGACCUACAAAACUACGUCUCCCUCAACCUCAUGAUGAUGUCAAGAGUAAGACUGCCAUUAGAGAGAGUGUUCGUGAUGUUUUUGUUGGUGGCGGUGAAUACAUAGUUAAUGAUUUGAGGUUCACCAUGACCCAAGCUGUAGAACCUGUAGAGAAAGGGUUCACAAGAUUCAAUCAAAAACUGCACAAGAUCUCCCAAAACAUAAACAGAAGAACCAAAGAUGAUAGUUGUCUCAACACUUCACCAAAGAAAAGAAUAAUAUCUGGAAUUGAUGAUCCCCUUCUAAAUGGAAGCUUUAGUGACAGUGCAACCACCAAGAAAAAGAGACACCGUAAGAAGUCAGGAUAUACAAGUGCAGAAAGCGGUGGUGAAAGCAGUAGUGAGCAAAUGUAUGGUGGGUAUCAGAUUCGUGGACGUAGGUGGGUUACAAAGGAGUAGUUGGUUAAUGAAAACUCAGGUUUAUAUCAAACUCAAGAUAUUGGAGAAUAGUACAUGUAAAUUCAUCGUGUCAUUCUCAUAUAUCCGAAGGUUGAAGAGAGCUUCUGGUCGUGAUUUGGGUAAGAAUGAAGUUGAUCGUGUAUUUAUUUGUAAGUAGCCAUUUGGAUAUAGUAUUUUCUGGGAAAGGGCUUUUUAUUUAGAAGUGUUGUAAAGCGUGGUUUAUGGGCAGACAUGGCUGCUUAACAAUCCAUGUUUUAUGUAUAAAAACAUUUGGCAGGAUUUUCUAGCCUGGAAUCCUGUAUAUCAAUACUGAAGAACAUUGUACUUUCAAUGAUCAAAUGCUUCCCGUCAUAAGAAACCAGUGUAGAAUUUAAUCUC